AAGCAAGUGGGCCCGAAUCGAAUGCUAUUUUUUCAAUGUCAAUCUGCCGAAGCCGACAUCGAUAGUAGAGUUAAAGGGCAUGGCUGAUCUGCAGCUGCUGUGUAUAGAUAAGGUGAUCUAUUUCUCGUUUUCCUCGCAAGCAGUCAAAUACAUUUUCAGACUCCCAGUUUUGCCCUCAUGGGUCCGUGGGACGCGAGGGUUAGUUUCUCUCCACCACCAACAAGGUAAGAAGUAAAAGAUGCGAGGACGUGUUGUAUUACUUUUGUUCAGGCAGCUUGUAUUUCUGUUCCGACCAGAAUUCGCAGCCCCUUUGUUUACAGAUUGUCGAGAUUCAAACCUGUUUAUUCCAGCGUAACUGCGAAAAGAAAACCUAUGUCGGCAGUUCGGAACCCGGCUGCAGAGAAGGGCCCGGCCCAGUUCUGCAAAGACUGCUGUAAGAGCGUGUUUACUCUGAUGCAUGUGUUCAGCCGAACCAAAAAAGCGCCGCCCUUCUGCUUCUCCUUUUUCCUGAUGAUGUGGGGUGUUUGGUGGCUCGACUGGUAUGGCUAUGUUGACACCAGCAGGGGAUGGGUUCUAAAUCUGGACUCCCUAAGUCGCGCCGUCAGCUCCCCAACGGGGCGGGGACCAGAAACAAGCACAACACGCGGCGGCGCCGAUACCAGCGCAACACCUAACGCCGCAGCACCGACCAGUGGCGCCUACAGCAGUAACAACCAACUGAUCACAAGCGCAAUACUACACUGGUUCGUUCCGUACUCGGGCUUUUUGCGCACGUGCCUCAUCGGGAGCAUGCUCAUUAUAUUCGGGUAAUGCUAAUGAAAAAGAUAAAGAUAGAACAAUUUUCAUUUUUGUUUGUUGUUUGCUGGACUACAAUAUUGUUUUCUUUCGUGCACACUAAACUCAAUUGCUGAGCUAGUUGUACUUAGUCAGGUUUCAUCUCUCGCGAUAGAAAAACAACUGUCGCAAUUCUCGACACCAGCAUGGGGGUGCAAAGUUGUACCAGCAGCAGCACGUGCGCUGGGAAACCAUCACAGACAGUCCAUUAAAAUAGAAAAUCAAAAUCCAUGGAAAUUUGUAGGAACAGAAAAACUUGUACACAACUGCCACAGGUACACGUAUGAAUCGCUUAUCGGAACCAGUACUUUUUUGAAGCGGUUUCUGGGUUUAUCGCACACAGAUACUGCACGUGCACCACCGUAAUUCUUGUCUCACGACACCCAAAUUCUACCCAUGACACCAUCAUCAUGACCACGAAAUGCAACGAACUAGGACUAGCUUGUGUCAGUAGAGAGAAAAUCUGCAGUGCGCCGCCCUUAAGGCAAAUCAUGAGUGUAUGGCUAUCGAAUAGGUUUUUACUGGCGGGAACGCGCACGCUAUGAAGAACGUGCGCGUCUUGCUCUUGGUCUUGCGGGACUCGGUGCAUGACGUCGCAAGUAGAUUACGGUGGCAAAAUCGUUUUCCCCUUGUAUACGUUCUGCACGCUGCCAUGGUUGCUUUCCAGAGUUACUUCAGGCUGACGGAUUUUGAGCUCUCCGUUACCCCUGAAGGCGGGGCGUAUCGAACACAAGGAUGUCAGUUGGUUCAGCAGAUUUACAGCUCAUGUAGGGAGGAAGGCUUGUGCAAAUGCAUUUUCAGCUGAGGGCUUCGCUCCCGAACGCCAAAAGUGAUAGAUUUGUUCACAGUCCUCAUUUUUUACUGGACAUAGAAAUUAUGUCGGAACGUGAUCUUCUUGCAGAAAGUAAGUGGACUUUGAACAAGCAGUCAUCUCAAGAUGCAGAAAACAGGGGUCGUCCUUGUUCAUGGUCACGAUAAUGAUCGAUAUCUUCAACUCCACCGAAAUAAAUUGAGUAUAUUAUUUUGCUGUCCAAGACACCCUUUCUUGCAGUCGAUAGUCUCAGCCCAAUUCCCAUCUUGCGAGGCAUCGAGCCGACGCUAGUAUGCCUGCAGUGCCUGUACCACUUUCAGAAUCCCAAAAUCGCGCCCUCACAGAUUCGCGAUGAGUUUCUUCAAAUGCAGACCUUCACUGUCGAACCCCGAUGGCACGGCUGGCUCCUCCUCAUGCUGCUUCUUAUGGAUUGCAAAUAUGUCUGGGUCUGGAAGAAUGCGCGAUUUGUCAUGCAGCUUUUCCAUGACCCAUGAGGCCUGGAAUGCAGGACCUAGCACGACAGAUUCUGUGCGAUCUCUCUCAUGCCUAUCCUGCAUGAGAAACUCCCUCACGACUUGGUCAAAACUGGACGACUUUUGGCAAUCAUGCAACACAGAUUUUUGCAUGCUUCAGAUUUAGCAUGACAAGUUGCAUUCUUCCAGACCCAGACACUUUUACAUUUGAUACUUCUCUUCACAGCACAAUGGCCAUUAACCCUGGGCAAGUACACUCUUGGCCUAGUUCUCGGAGUUGUCUACGUCAUCCGCUAUCCCAGCGUAUUUAUUUUUUUUUAGAGCUGACUGACGUAGCCAAUGAAUGUGCAAAUCAUCAUUUUUUUGAACUUUUUCGUUCCUUUUCAAUAUACAGAAAAGCGAAAACAAUCGUGCUUCCGAUGCAAAAAUUCUGAAAUAUUGAUCCUUGUUGCGCACGACUUUCCAACUCGAAGCAACUCUGGUAAAGUAGGCAAAAAAGAAAUAUAAAAUUGCACAGACGUGGCCCCUCACGCGGACGCUGUUCCAGAAAGAGCGCACGUUUCUGCUGAUGCUGGCCCUGCAGACCGCUUCGCUCGUCUACCUUCCCAUCACCGCGCAAAGGCUCCCGGACACGAGCGCGGCUCCCAUAGCGAGUGUGGUGGAAGCGACCCUGCGCAGCCCGCACCUAUCUUACCUGUCGCUGGGCUCGUACGCGGAACCGAUGCCGCAGGCCUAUUUCCUGAUCCAGUUUUCGCUCGGGUUUAUCCCCCUGGCCAUCACCCUCGUACAACGCUUCCCGUGCAUCAAAGGCAUGUACGCCCUCAUAUGCGUACUCCUCGCCAUGUACAUCAUGAAUACCAGCAGCUGGAACUACGUAAACACCGGCUUUGUCGGCCUACUGUACGCCGCUUAUGGCUUUUUCACCUGCUGACGUGGUUCUUUGAGGGGCGAACAAACACUGAAUUACUAUACUCAUUUUUCAUUUGGGUCCGGAUCCGUCGUGAUCCACAUACAUACUUCCCGUGCCCUGUGGAUCUACUUCCGACUACAACGGCGACCGUGACGCGAAAACAUUUUGGUUUACCAGGAGAAUGAAAAAAAGCCUCCUGUCAGUGUCUGCCGCAGGCGCAGGGACGACAUGCCUUUACCGUGUGUAGUAAGUUGUAGCUGCCAUACUCGUUGACGCGCCACCUCACAACUUUCGUUCCAAGAAGGAAGGAACAAGCCAUGCAAGAACAAAAGAAGUAGCGUGGCUGCGCAACUACGCCAGAGAAGCAGGGCGCAAACUGCGAUGCUCCACUGAAUUCGCCAGACAUGUUCCUUACACUACGAUGUGGCGAGACGCGCAUGGUGUAUCAAGCUUACAAUUCGUCCAGGAGUAUACUUCUACGUCUGCUGCACUUAUUAUGAUGCUGCCGCGUUGCGAAAAACGCAUGAACAUGUAGACGAGAUCGAUGGAGAAGGACCUUCGUUUAAGUAUAUUAAUUUGUUGUGCAUGGUCUUCCUCGUAACAUCAGAAAGCAGAUGAAGUGGCACCCGAACGAAAUCAAGUUGAUCGCGAAAGCUACACAGCAAACCAAUGCUGCAGAUUUGUUGCGGGACGAGUCGGAUGUGCUGUGAAUUACGAU